GCACUGGCGCAGAGACGAGCAGGGUGGACGCGCGCACUAGACCACCGCGCGUGCUGGGACACUCGCUCGCACAGGAGUCACGAUGACAUCAUCAGAGGAGUACGUUAUCCAUGGACCCCGGGCUCUUGAGGUCCCACGUGUUUCUAUGGGAAGGUUUCUUCUGGACAGGCUGCAGAGUUUUGGAACCAAGGUCUGUCAGGUGAAUGCUGCCACGGGCGAGACGACCAGCUUCGCCGACGUGCUGGAGCGCAGCGUGUGUGUGGCGCAGGCGCUGCAGGCGCGCGGGCUGAUGGUCGGCGACGUGGUGGGGCUGGCCAGCGAGAACUGCCUCGAGUUCUGCCUGCCCAUGCUGGCCGCCUACUACCUGGGCGCCACCUGCGCCACCUUCAGUCCCUACGCCUCCCCCCGAGAGCUGGCCCACGCGCUCGGCAUCUCCAGACCUCGCCUCGUGUUCUGCUCGGCGGGCUGCGAGGAGAAGGUGUCGCGGCUGGCGCGCGACCUGCCCUUCGUGCAGGAGGUGGUGGUCCUGGCGCCGCGCUCUGCCGCCGGCAACACGCCCUUCCCCGCCUGCCUGGCGCCCGGGCCCCUGCCCCCGCCCGUCUUCCAGGCGGUCCCCGUGCACCCGGACCAACACGUGGCCGCCGUGCUGUGCUCCAGCGGCACCACGGGGCUGCCCAAGGGCGUCAUGCUGUCCGCGCUGAACAUCAUCACCUGCGUGCUGGGCCUCAGUGAUCCGAGUUUUGGUGAUCUAGAUGCGAGCGUGAGACACCUUAUGGUGAUCCCCAUGUUCCACUCGUAUGGUUACCUCGUACAGCUCGCAUCACUCACCAUCGGCUUCACAUCAGUCAUCAUGGUCAAGUUCGAGCCCGAACUCUUCCUUAGUAGCAUACAAAAGUACAAGGUGAACCUGCUGUUCGUGGUUCCGGCGCUGAUGGUGUUCCUGGCCAAGGACGGCCGUGUGGAUGCCCCGGUGCUGGCAGGAGUGCGCGAGCUGUGGUGCGGCUCAGCGCCGCUCAGGGCCGACCUGCAGCGGCAGGUAGAGCAGCGCCUGGGAGUGUGUGGCGUGCGCCAGGGCUACGGCAUGACCGAGACCACCAUGGGAGUGGUGAACACUCCACGGGGCCGUGCCAAGCCGGGCUCAGCAGGAUGCCUGGCACCAGGCACUUCAGCUAAGGUAGUCGACCUGGAGACCGGCGAACUUCUGGGGCCCAACAAGAUGGGCGAACUCUGUUUCCGCAGUCCUCUGAACAUGAAGGGCUACUGCGGCGAUCUGCGGGCCACCAUAGACACAAUCGACGUUGAUGGCUUCAUCCACUCUGGAGACGUCGGCUACUACGACAAAGACCAUUACUUCUACAUCGUGGACCGAGUGAAGGAGCUCAUCAAGUAUAAAUCUUUCCAGGUGCCGCCCGCCGAGCUGGAGGCCGUGCUGCUGUCGCACCCUGCCGUGCAGGACGCCGCGGUGGUCGGCGUGCCGCACGAGGAGGCAGGGGAGCUCCCGAGGGCCUUCGUGGUGAAGCAGGCGGGGGCCAGCGUCACCGAGGAGGACCUCAUACAGUUCGUCGCAGGUCAAGUAUCUCCGCACAAGAGGCUGCGCGGUGGUUUACACUUCAUAGACGCUAUUCCCAAAACUGCUAGUGGAAAGAUUUUGAGAAAAGAUCUGAAGAACACGCAUCUGUCUAAACUAUAAAUAAUUCUUUAUAAUUUAAAGAGAAAAGCUACCGUCUUAAUUAGUUUGAAAAUAAACAUUCAGUAUUUUAAUAUAUAAAUAACCACAGCAUAACAAAUACCUUUGAGGAGUAUGUCGUUAGCACACAUUAUGUAUGAGUGGCUCUUAUGCCUAUGUAGUCAGAAAAUUUGCAAACUAAUGUUUUCUUCUUUUUUAAUUAUAAAUUAACUAUCCUGUUUAUGUUUAUCUUCAGAAUACACAGCUAUUGACACACACAUUGAGUACCUUAAUGCAAAUUAUAAUAUAUGCAAAUAUUUAUGUAUGUUCAAGAAGUUCAUAUCAUACCAAUUUUUUUCUUUACAUGUAAAAUAGUCUUUUUACUAACACCCUCUCUGAUAAUGAAAACGCAUUUUGAAGGGAAAAUAUGAAAUAAUUUUUUUGUACUUUGUAAGUUAUCUGCUUCCUCUUGCUUUCCGUUCCUGCUUUCAAAAUGUUAUCAUCCUUUGCCAAAUGUGUUAUUCUUGAACUUAGACAUGACAUUUGGAAUUUCCUAUCCAACCCAAGAGUGACUCUUGUAGCUCUACAUGGGCACACAGCACAUAUAUUUUUAAUGUCUUUUUGUAAUAAUUGAUCACCAGUAGAAACCAUUUAUGUAAAUUUUUAACCAUUUCUAUAGUGAUUGGAAGUGUGAUUGAAGGUUUUCUUAAUUAGGGGUUUUUGACUUUGUAGUAAAUCUUAAUAAUAUUUAAAUCCCAAUAAAAACGUUCAAAAA